AUGACUGAAGCUGUGCAACGCCUGGUGGUAUCCAUACUUGAGGCAAUGGAGAAGAAGCACUCAACUGCCAUCACCCUCUGUGACCUCACCAAGGCUUUUUAUUGUGUAUCUCAUGAGAUUUUGCUGGGGAAGCUCAUGAGAUAUGGUGUUGGAGGAGUGGCCAUGAAAACGAUGCAGGAGUACCUUUUAUGGCGUAGGCAGGUUUUAACUAUUAGCGGUGCCAAAUCGCAGGAGCUCCAGGUAAAGUAUGGAGUGCCACAGGGAUCAAUUCUUGACCUGCUGUUGUUCCUCAUUUUCAUAAAUGACCUUAGUAUGGAUGGAGAAGCCCUGCUGUUUGCUGACGAUACAACUCUCAUUGCACAAGAAGAGGAUCCACGAUUGGCUGUACUGAGGUCUGCUGAACUGUUGGAGGAGGCGAGCACAUGGUUUAGGGCAAACAGACUGUAUAUGAAUGGAGAGAAGACACAGAAUGUUCUGUGCACCCUGAGGCAUGGUCUACCUCCUUUUGGUGGGCCUGAGGUUAAGCUCCUUGGAUUCAUGGUUGACUCAUCACUGAUAUGGGACCAGCACAUUGAUAUGAUAUGUAACCGACUCUCCAAAGUAACAUAUCUGAUACCGAAACUGAGAAGUCAUGUUCCGAGGAGUUACCUGGUUACUGCAUACCAUGAUCUGUUUCAUAGCCACAUCAACAAUGGGAUUGCACUUUGGGGGCAUGCAAGUGGAUGUCACAGAAUUCUCCUGCUACAGAAGAAAGUGAUUUGUAUAAUAACACCAUCACCAUACUUGGAGCAUUGUCACCCGCUGUUCAGGAGGCUGGGAAUACUCACUGUCUUCAAUCAAUAUGUGCUGAACUCCCUUGUACUUCUGAAAGGCCAACUUCACACACUCCAAGCAAGAGGCCAGAUAGACAACUAUUCAACUAGAGGGAGAGGCAAAAUUGACCUUCCCUUGCUACCCAAUGCACACAUAAAAAAUCUACAAUAG